GAAAAUCUGUGGAUGACCUGAUCUUAUCAUGGAAUCUGACAACUUGGCUGCUGAAGACAAAGAGAGGUUAAACUGGGAUAUUAAUGAUAUAAAACUGCCACAGAAUGUGAAGAAGACCGACUGGUUCCAGGAGUGGCCGGACUCCUACGUGAAGCACAUCUACAGCUCGGAGGACAGGAGCGCCCAGCGGCACCUGAGCAGCUGGGCCAUGCGCAACACCAACAACCACAACUCCCGCAUCCUCAAGAAGUCCUGCCUGGGCGUGGUGGUGUGCAGCCGUGACUGCUCUGCAGAGGAGGGGCGCAAGAUCUACCUGAGACCUGCAAUCUGUGACAAAGCACGACAAAAGCAGCAGAAGAAACGCUGCCCCAACUGCGACGGGCCCCUGAAGCUAAUUCCUUGCCGAGGCCAUGGGGGCUUCCCUGUCACCAACUUCUGGAGGCAUGAAGGACGCUUCAUAUUUUUCCAGUCAAAGGGAGAACAUGACCAUCCCAAGCCAGAAACAAAGCUGGAGGCCGAGGCGAGAAGGGCAAUAAAGAAAGGGCACAGCGCGUCUUCCUCUGUCUCCCUCAAGCUCAAGGAGAGCCCGAAGACCAAGUCUCUUCCAGGUGAAACACAAAGCCAGGGAAGUUUACCUUUAACUUGGUCUUUCCAGGAAGGAGUCCAAUUGCCUGGCAGUUACAGUGGACAUUUAAUAGCUAACGUUCCCCAGCAGAACUUGCUGAAUGAUUGCUUACCCUUCUCCAAGAGUUAUAGUUUGGAGGCACCUGCCAAUCUGACAGACCUGACUUCCACCCUGGAUCCCACGAAGCUCAAUGGAAUAUGCAAAUUGCCCGACAGUAGGAUCUACAGCAGUGGAGACCUACUUCAGCCUUCCGCCUCUGGAAUCUACUCCGAUUAUGACCAUCUGCAAACGUGGAAUAAAAACACGGCUUUGGGGAGAAAUCCUCUUCAUGACAAUUCUUGUCCCAAUUAUACUUUUCCUCUGACCAGAUGGCCUUGUGACUUCUCCCCUCCCCAGAACUGUUUGGAACCCUUUUUACAACAGAUUCCACUGGACCCACCUGCAGCCAAACCUAGUUGUCACCAGUCGUGGCCAAAUCCAGCAGGUGAUCUUUAUGAGGAGAAGGUACCUGUGGACUUCCAAAGCUAUGUUCCUUCCCUCGCCUACCAUGCACCUCAGGAAGACCCAUUUCUCCCUCCCUACACCUCUCAUUAUUCCCACCAGCAACAGCCACUGCCGGGCAAAUGCAGCAAAUGGGAUUUUGAGAAAGAAAUGGCAUGCAUGGGCUUGGAUCAUUGCAACAGUGAGAUGCUUCUAAACCUCUAUCCUUUGAGAUGAUCCAAAUCAUAUAGACACACACAUACACACACACCAAGGAAAAGCAAUUUUAGGAAAUAGGUGAGAGAACCUCCUUAGGAAAUAAUUUUCAAAAUAUAACCACAGAUACAUGGAAUCAGGACAAG